AUGGAAGAACAAACAACAAACUCUCAUCCACUCAUGAAUGUUGGUUCUGCUGAAGAUCAUGAUGAUUCGGAAACGUUACAUACAACAAGUGAUCCACUCCGAGCAAGUAACGAAACUAAACAAGAUGAAGAAGAAUACGAAACUAUUCAUCUGGUAAAACAAGUUGAGACAAAACAAAACCAAUCAUCUAAAGCGACAUUAAAAAACAAACAAAAAGAAGAAAUAGAGGAACAUAUCAAUCAACAAGACCAGCCGAAUGUUGACUAUUUACAACAUGUUGAUUAUUUUAAACCUAUUCCUAAAUAUGUUGUUAAUUUAAAUAUGGAUGCUAAAAAGAGAUGGAAACAUAUUGUGAUGGAUAUGAUUGAACCAUUGAAACUUUUAGCAAAAUAUCUAACAAAUGUAUAUCAAGACGAUUCUGAUUCGUUUGCACCUAGUAUGACUGAUAUUAUUUCACAAAUUUACACACCUGAUGAUUUGGAGCAAGAAAUGUGGGGAAUUGCUGAUAUUACAAAUAGAUAUGGGUUAACUUAUGAUUUAAUUUAUCAGUUUAAUAUUUCGUAUAAUGAUUUUGGUGUGAAUAGCAGUGUGGCAUUUAGUGAAAUUAAUGAAGAUGGUGUUUUUCAAUUGAGACAUAGUAAUUAUGAACACAAUUUAGCCAAGAUAUUGAGAUUAUUGACAGUGGAUAUUGAUUUUAUUAAGGAUGGUAGAUUAAUAUUCAAAACAACUACCUUUUUACCACUGGUUGGCGUUUCUAAUGGUUUAAGAUUUUCACAAUUCACACAAAGGAGUAGUUACUCAUUCUCCUACAGCUUGAGAACAGUUGAGGAGGGAUUUUUAGGUGAUGUUGCAAGCUGGUUUGGAACCAUUCUUGCAUUUUGGAAUACUGAAUUUCUUCUCAGAGAAGUCAUGGAAAAAUGUGAAAAGUACAAGGACGCACUGGAAUAUAUCAGAACAAGUAGGACCAAUAGUGCCUCAUAUAUUUUAGUCUGUUCUGGGGAUAAUGCCACAUUGAUAAGUAGAGGAAGAAGUAGUGAGGAACAAUCAUUACUCCUCCACAAGGAAUCAACAACUCAUGAUGAUGGAUCAAUUGAAUUGGAAACACAGGCCAGAAGAAGAAUCAUUGUUCAAGGAGACACUGAUUGGUUUAAUCAGGAAGACACCAAAAUUGAUUUGAAAAAGAAACAAUUAACCAAAUACCUAUUCAAACACUCUCCAAAACCAAACAUUCCAAAUCACAUGUUAGAGUAUUGCCUCUCAUGUCUUUCUAAGAAAAAUGUUCUCACUCAGGGAACAAUCUUUCAACAAGUAAUUAACACUGUCGAUGGAACAUUCUUUUCCAGAACAUAUAAUCCACCAGUGCCAUCAGCAAACUCUUCCGAUUCUCAAUAUUAUAUUAAGAAAUAA